AUGAACCUGGAAGACAUCAGAUUAAAAUCUACGACGCCGCCACCAAGGGAUAAAGUCAGUCAAUGGCACAAGCUCAGCUUUGGCUUUGAUAGAAAAGACGCUCCAUUACCUCCCGUACCACCAUCCAACAUACCUAAUCCUGCUCCUGAGCUCGUACUUCAACCAGCUUCCGAAUCCAUCAAUCAACAGGCCAGGCCCGUUAUAGUGCCUUCUGCACCACCAACCGAGUUUACUAAGCCUUCUAACCCAUUUAUUCAACACCCACCAGCACCUGAAAACCCAGAAUCACCUCUUAAUGAUGAUGGGGAUGCCUCUUCUAUGGGUACAGAGAGACCUGCGUCUGCUAUAGAAAGAGCAAAAGAUUUAGACGACGUGCCACCAAGCUUUGACGAUAUACCUGUUAUACCUUCCUCCCCUUCAAAAUCCACUCAAAUGUUGACUAGAAAUUUUACAAUUAAUGAUAAAGACCUCAGGCAAUUACUUACUGCUGCAACGGAUCAGCGUCAAGAUAAGACAGUCAGGGACGCUCUGAAACGCGCGGCUAGAGAACGCAUUGAAGUAAUCAAGCAGCUUGAAGAGGAUAGGCAGAUGGAAGAAAGGAAGGCUACAGAACAGGAAAUACCUCCAUGGGCUCAAUCAAUGUACGAGUUACUCCACCAGACACAUGAGAAACUUGAGACACUUAAUAUUAAAUCACCAGAAGGAUCCAGAGUGGGUUCACCCUCACCAAUGCCUCAACAAGGUGGCAUUCCAUUAGAAUCUAUACAUGCUAGGACGUUCUCCGCCGACAAUUUCGCCGGUCCUACAUCACAGCCUAUGCAACACUCAAAUCAACCUAUGGUACUUCCAGUAGGCGAAUACGAACCUUAUUCAGCGCCUUACCAAGAUCCCUACCCAGUAAUACCACCUAGCCAUUACACAGAGACGCAGAAAGCAGCAUCAACAGUUGCUUUACCUGCAGCCGCACCUGUGGAUAGCCCACCAACUGAACCGGCACUCCCGGCUUCUUCUCCACCUGGGGAGGAGCAUCAUGAGCAUCAUCACCACGUCCAUGAAGUGGGUGACCACGCUGCAACUCCAAAGCCAGUUGAACACGUAGAUCAUGUCUAUAUUCAUAAAGAUGAUCCAGGUCAUACUACUCACGUAAUUCACGAAUAUGUGCCUUCCCCUCCUAUGCCGGUCGCACCACAGACGACGCCGGCUAUGGACUACGGUGAUGAAAACAUCACUAUCGAGGGUAGCGUCACACCACACAAAGUGCCACAACCGGAGUCUAGUAUCGCACAUGAUUCAGUAUAUCACCAUAUCCACCACACACAUGCUCAUGACCACGGAAUAAAUGAUUAUAUAGUACCCGAACAGGAGCAUCACCACCACGAACACGACCACGAACACCACCACGACCACAGUCAUCACCACCAUGGCCAUGACCACGUCCACCAACAUCAUCACCAUGACACUGCGCCAAGUGUUGCACCAUUUGCAAACCAUCCAUGGGAAAACAUUCGCGAUCGUCUAAACGCCUGGGCUGACCUUUGGAGUGCACACGCACCACCUACUCAAUUAGAGGUUGCGAGGGAGUCAACUCACCUUACUAAAUAUGUCUCAAUGAUCGCCUGUGAUAUAUUCUGCACACAAGUGUACAAACGUUGGGUGAGAACCAUAGGCGCGCGUUAUCCUCCUGUAUCCAUAGACAAACUAUUCCUCCCUCCAUCGUUCUCAGAGGUUCUCAACAACGCAGUUGCUAACGACCCAUACGCAAACACUUGUCCAACCUUUAGGAGUUUCUGGAACGAACUCGGGUUCGAAGGAGCACCAAAGCAGCUUCUCACUAUCGCUUUGUAUAGGACGGACAAAUAUCAUUUCCAAAUACUCAAGUUUGAUUUAGAAGCGGGUAUUUUAACACAUUAUGACCCAUUCGAUGCCCCAGCAUUGGUCGACCCACGGCCGAAAUUCUGGUGGAGAGGUUUACGGGAGGCAUUCCCAGAGGCUCGUAUACCAGAAGAUCACCAGUUACAAGAGAGAGUCGUAGCUAUCAAUAGAGCAAGACCACAAGAGAGGUCAGACGUCCCACUUGCAGCACUAGCCAGCUGGCGUCAUAUGCUCGUAAAUAAGAAACCAAACAAGGAAACAGAUUUGAUGGCAGUUAGGACACUCAUAGCAGCCGAAAUAGAGGGUGUGCAGAAGUUGACUGACAGACGCAACAAGCAAAGAGCGAGAAAGGCGCUACAUGUGCAUAAUUAAACUAUAGAAGGGAAUAGUUGUAUCUAAAAUAUAAUCUAAUCUAUACAUUGUUUUUUUAUUCUAUCA